AGCAUACCGACUUGCAUACUGACUCAAUGAUGCAAACGCUUGGCUUGCUUUAUUCAUUCUUACAUUGGCUCUCGUUGCCCAAUGGCAAAAACCCCCCGGAUGCAAAGAACCACCAACGCCCGACGCAACGCCAUGAGAUCUGCAUAUAUGCAUCGACUUUACAAGCAGGACUUGUUUUCACCAUUUUUCCCGUUGGUGGAAUCAUUUCAUUCCAUCUGCCUGGACUACCGGGGAAUAUGCGAUAUAAAGCAGUUGGUGGUGUCGGUCACAAUAUGACUUGCGCUGGAUAACCGACAAGCAUCCACGGCAGUCACAAUGAAGCUCUCUCCUCUUUCCUUAUUCUUCACCUCCAUUUUUGCUCUUCCAUCUCACCUCACGCCGAGGAAUGAUAUACCUCCUUUCUUCCUCCUAGCCGGCGACAGCACCACCGCCGUCCAAUCCAGCGGCGGAGGCGGCUGGGGCGACGGGUUCAUCAACACGACACUCCACAAGGGAGCCAAAGGUAUAAACUACGGUCACAACGG